AACAAAAGGAAAGCUUUCAGGGCAUACAAAUAGAUCCCACCAACUUGCACUGUCUUGUUACUGAAUAUGGAACGCACUGAAGACGCUGGCGAUCGGGCCGAGUCUCCUGGACAGCCUAGCGAAGGUCCUGCGAAUGCCCCAACCGAGGGCGUUGACGAGAUCAACGACUUUGAGCAGGACAAUUUGACCGCGCAUAGUUUGGAAGAAUCGCACUGGACCGGCACCGAAACUGUAGUUUCCCAGGACGACGUACCGGACGCACUUUUGCUCAACUUGUUUUGUGCCCGCGCCAAGGCUCCGAAAGAAACGGAAGACAGCCUGAUCGAAGCGGAAGAAUCUUGGCAGCCGGUACGCGAAUGGCUCGGCUCGCACGACGCCGAGCAAGUGCGGGCGGCGGCGGAACAACGCGGUGAAAAUGGACUCACAGCAAUUCACUUCGCCUGCCGAAACGUGCCGCCUUUGGAUGUGAUCGACGUCUUCUUGUCCAUUGCGGCCGACACGGUACAGUGGCCCGACGGCUUUGGUUGGUUGCCCAUUCACUACGCGUGCGCCAGUGGAUCGGAAGAAGCCGUAAUCAAAGCCCUGGCGGAACAUUUCCCGGAAAGUAAGACGGCAACCGAUGGCAGAGGUCGGACGCCCUUGCAUUUUGCCUUGGGAGAUAAGCCGGCGAGUCCGGAUGUCAUCUUUUUGUUGAGCUCUUCCGGCGCGGCGUCGUUUCCAGACGAUAUUGGCAUGUUGCCGUUACACUAUGCCUGCGCUUUCGGCGCGUCCGAAGAAGUCCUGUACGUCCUUACGGAUGCCUAUCCCGAGGCCAUCACGUCACGUGAUAAGCGCCAGCGAACACCGUUGCAUUUUGCUCUGUCCAACGCCGGUCGCAAAACUGUACCUGCAGCUGUUCGUCUCCUUUUGUCUCUGGAUCGACGAAUUGUCAAUUCUGUCGAGGGUGGACCGUUGCCGCUCAGCGUCUUGGCAGCGUACGCAGCCAUAGUCCGGAACGAAGACGAAAAUCGGGACAAGCGAGAAUCGGUCCAACGCUGUUUGGAACAUCUACUCCACGCUGAACCGGAACCCACCGCUGAUUUCUUUACGGCGCUACAGUCUUUACCUGAUUGGCUGUCAGAACGGGCUGUGGUCAUGCCUGUGGUGCAGAUUUUAUUAAACGAAAAGAUUUCGCAACGGUUUCCCACCGCAGUCCUUAUGAUGGAUUUUUACGUAUUGACUAUGGUUAUCAUUUCCUAUUCACAUAACGUGGUGAAUUCCAUUCAACGUCGGUUUGAUGAUGACGACACAAACGAUACAAUUGCAACCAAAUCGUUGAUUCCUCUCUACUUGGGCGUCGCAUACUUUGCACUGCGUGAAGUCGUCCAAAUCAUGUCGCUGUUGAGCCUCAAGGUCUUCAAGCUAUGGCUUUACGAUCCAAGUAAUUAUCUCAACGUGGCGUUCAUCGCUUUGGUUUUGAGUUGGACGGUUGUCAUGGAUAGCGGAGCUGGCGAUCGCGACACUUUUCGAGUCGGCGCUGCCGUGUCGGUCACCAUUUUAUGGGUCAAGCUCCUCGCAUAUCUACGCAAUAUGCUGAUUGACUUCGCCGUCUUUGUUGGUGGGGUGUUUUACGUUGUACGACGUCUAGCAGCCUUUCUCUUGGCUUUAGGACUUAUUCUGGUUGCGUUCGCGCAAAUGUUCUACACGGUUUUUCAACAGACAGACUACUGUCGAAAUCAACCGCAAAAUGAUUUGGACUACGACCUGAUACUGGCAGAAACUCGGUGCGAUGCCAGCACGCUACGUCCGUACUGUGGCUUUUGGACUUCUUUUCUGAGCGUAUACACCAUGUUGCUAGGAGAAGUAGACGAGGACGACUUCGAAUCGUCUGGGGUGGCCAUGGCACUAUUCGUCAUCUUUAUGUUCUUGGUCGUAAUUUUGCUUGCAAACGUGUUAAUUGCUAUCGUUACGGACAGUUACAAAGUGAUUCAAUAUCAGCGUGCUGCCAUAGUGUUUUGGACAAAUCGCUUGGAUUUCGUCGCAGAGAUGGAUGCCAUAGCAAAUGGACCCUGGAAGAGCCGCGUCAAGAAAUCCUUGGGCAUGUUGGAUCAAGAUGAAGAUGGAGCGCAACAACGGGAUGUCUUUGGAAAGGAUCUAUGGAAACAGAUUAUGGAUUUGUUUGAAGACGACUCGUUUGACGGGAUGUCAACGGUGGACUUUAUUGCUUUCGCGCUCCUUCGGGUGGUUGCUUGCGUCUUUAUCAUUCCUAUGUGGCUGCUACUGGGCAUUGUUACUGUUGGGUGGUUUUGGCCUCCACAAGUUCGGGAAGCGGUCUUCACAAGUAAGGUGUCAAAGCACUCCUCUGACACUGCAAAAGAGGACGAAUUACGUCGAACACAAGUCAAGCAGCUUCAACAAGACGUGAUUGAGAUGCGGGACGACCUCUUACAAGAACUUGCUUUGGAUCGGACCCAAAUUGUCCAGAUGAAAUCGCAAGUAGCUGAGCGAAAACUGGAGAUAGCCAACGAAAUGAAGCAAGUGAAGAGGCUCGUCACUAUGUUGUUUGAGAGGCAAAUUGCCUUCUCAGCAUAAAAUAAAUUGCCUUUUUGUUUUAAGUCGUAACAAUGAACAAGUAAAAAUAAAUUUUCUAUACCAUUUGC